UCACAGACCGAAACCCCUUUGACUCAUCACAUAUCCCACCCCUCAGAGUGGAGCCGAAGGAACACUCGGAAACCUCUAUUUUCAAUUCUAUCACCAAACUGGACAAAAGAAACACCAGGACAGGAAAAGAAACAGAGCCAAAGCAAAAACAGCCGUGGCUGUUGAAGAGGAAAAUAUUUACAUGAUUAUGGAAGAAUCCAUUGAAAUGGAAGAGAAAAAACAAAACCCAGAGGCCAAGUGCAAAGCAGAUUUGAAACCACAAAAGUCUGGAGAUCACAAUGUCUGCGGAUCCAAAUCGAUUGUGUUUCUCUACGCUCUGCUGAUUGCUAGCUCUGGGAUGUGGGUGGCUCUGCUCUCCUUGGUGUUUGUGAAAUAUUCUGAAAUGUCUGCCGAAAUCCAGGACCUGACCUCCCUCAACAAAAACGGCUCUAAAGAAAUACAAAACCUGCAAACUCUCCUGAAGGAAAAAGACUCCCAGCAUUCCUCAAAUGUGAGAAACUUGGAAAAAGACAUUUCUGACCUAAAAACUAAAGAAUCCCAGCUCUCAACCGGUGUCGGAAACCUGGAUACUCAGAUUUCAAGCCUAAAAUCUAAAGUUUGUUACACCAGGACCUGCCCUUGUGACUGGAAGGAGUUCAGUGGAAAGUGUUACUACUUUUCCAAGAGCGAGGAGGCCUGGCAGAAAGCAAAGGAAUUCUGUUACAGUCAAGACGCUGUGCUUGUGGUGAUCAAAACCGAACAAGAGCUGAACUUUAUCGGAGGCCAAGUCUCCAGAGGUCACUAUGUUGGACUGAGCGACCUGCAAACAGAAGGGACCUGGGUGUGGUUGGAUGGAAGUACGGUUGAUAGCAGAUUUUGGAGAUCUGGUGAACCAAACAACGCCAAUGAAGAAGACUGUGGAGAGCUCAUUGAAGGGAAACUCAACGACAUAUCUUGCAGCACCACACUGCGGUGGAUUUGUGAGAAGUAACUAUAGACCUGCCUGCACGGGAUUACUCGCACAGUUACACUCAUUGAAUCUCUACAGUCCAACCUCACAAUUUAUCAUGCCCCCCCCGAACUUUUUAUGAUGUGUGCAAUCCUUGUGAGUCUUGAAUUGCUAAGUCAGCGUUGAGAUGUGUUUCCCGGAGCUCACAAGCAGCUCUUCGGUUCUAGUUGCCUACCACAGAUAUAUGUAACACUGUAUCGCUGUAAACUCCCUUCAUUAGAUAGAGCAGCUCUCAAACUGGAGCAGCUGAAGGAAAUACAAGUACUGGAAUUCAUUAAAUGCAUCAGUUUGCAAGGCUUGUUUUCGGUCAGAGUUGCACUGGCUUGGUCAUUGUCUCCAUCGACUUCCCUGUUGGUCCAGGUGACACUGCUGAGGUGAAAGAACCCAGGCACUUUCAUUCAUCUAAAGUAAAGCAAGACGUUGUAUUUUAAAAUGCAAAAUUAUGUUUCGUCUAUACAGCUAAUGCAAGUGCAGCACAGGCUUAUGAAAUGAGAAUCUCUGCUACAUACAUUACAUUACUUUAUCUUAAUAUAUAAUGCCAAAGUUCAGCUUUUGCCUGGGAUUGUAAAUGCAUUUUGAAUAAACAGCUUUGUUUUUAA